AUGUGCGUCGAGUGCUUCGACCAGCCGGGGAUGCCGACCUCGCAGCAGAGCGGGGUGGGGUGCCAGGUGCGACAACUCGACGCUCUGAUCCUGUGCACGGCCGCGCUCUUCCUCAGCGGCUACGUGAUCCAGCAGCGGACGCUCCGCGACCUGCGCGCCGCCAUCCGGCCGAAGCGCGUGCCGCGGCCGAGCCCCAAGGUCUACUACCUGCCGGACGACAGCCCCGUCGCCGCCGAGCAGCCCAUCGCGGAAGCGCCGCGUCCGCAGGGCCACGACGAUUUCGUCGUCAUUCGGCCCUCGCUGCCCGGCCAGAGGCCGAGGAGCAGGGACGCGAGUAAGAGCGGCCAACUGCAGCCGGUCGCCGCGCCGGUGAGGGAGGAGGAGGAGGAGGAGGAGGAGGAUGAGGUGGGGGAGCGGGAAGAUGAUGUCGGCGUCGCGGAUGCUGCGGCCGGGGCUGGGGAGGAGCAGGAGGGCGGCGGAGGCGGCGGCAAUGACGGGAAUACGGACGGCAUCGUAAGCGACGAGAAGCCGAUUAGCCGUGCCGAGAGAAGGCGGCGGAUCAAAGAAGAGAUCCGUCGCUUGUCAGAGGGCAUGGAGCCGGUGUACUACCAACGCCGGCUCUGGUAA